AUGUCUAACUACGGCAAACUCGCGGAGCCUGUGAAUGGCAGCAGGCUGUCAUCACGGGCUAGGGACGACUGGGAAGACUGGGAAGACGAUGAUGUUGUUACGCUAAUAGAUGUCGACGAAACACCGUCCGCUGAUAACUCCGACAACAAGAAACUUCUUUUCAACAGCGCCUUUCUAGAUAUGAGCACAAGCAACUCUGCUGCGAAUACUCGCAGCACAUCUCCCUUGGAAAGCGACAGCGCAUCUGUCAGCUCUGACGAGGACAUCACGCCCAUCGACGCCGCUGUCCAACCCGGCCUGUUGGCUCCGCCACCUACUCCAGCUUAUAUCCUCACAAAGCCCCCCAAACACCCAAGCGUAAAGCUAUCCAUGAGGCGCUCAGCUGCCAAGAUCAACCGUCCAAUAUCAAGGAAACCCCCGAAGCAACGGAACGCAAAGCUUGGAAUCAAGUUGAUCACCGACAUGACGAAGCUGAGGCGUCAAAAUCACAUAGCUGGACAGGCAAAGUCACCCGCAAGGCGAGCGCCAAAGUUUGUUGACGCGGCUGCUCUAAGAGCUCUAGAGGGAUCUCCAAACCCACAGUCCGUUGGAAACUGGAACUGGUUAAAUAAAGAUGAUGAGGGUCGCGUAACCGAUUCCCCGCUACAAGCCACUCGUUCUCCAGCUGAGCAGCUUUCUCCGGAAGACAGACCGAUUGUCAUUGGAAUUACACUACCCUCCGAUGAAGUGACAAGCCGAGGAAUCGACCCUCUCACGGCUACCAACGACAGAGCAAAUGCGCCCGCCGAACCUCAUCAGCUCACGUCAGUCUGGUCUCCCGAUACGCCUGAAACUGCAAGCUCGUUUAGCACAGUUAGAUACCCUUCAAGCGUGUACUCGCAAGCAUCUAUGGCACCAGUCAUGGGCUAUGGCCCUAGAGAUAACGAAGUGCCUCCUGUUCCUGCCGUCCCCGCCAACUACAAGAGAAUGACGGCGGCACAUCAACGCCUCAUUGGUACAGAACGCCGCAAGAACGCGGAAGAGGAAGAAGAGUCUGGAACACCUUGCACACUGUUUGAAGAGGAUGGUGUCACACCUUUGAAAUCUCCUGCUAGUAAACUCUCUGCGCUCACUCCCCAGAGCGUGCGUGGCUGGUGGGACCACCACUUGGUCACGCCAUUUCUAGACAAGAGAAUGUCUUUUGCGAGUCGAAGAACCCAGAUGGAGUCACCUUUGGAUGAAAGAGCCCACCAAAUGGCCAGAUCUGCGGACAACCAGGGUUCAAUGUUGACUCCAAAAUACGUUGCGAGUCCACAGUCCUGGAAAACCCCAAAGUCUGGAGUCGACGCGAAGCAGACCUUUUCCCCUGUGGAAAGACAAGAGCAACGAGCAAACACCACAGCUACCCACCUUGAUGGCAACCGCGCUAUCUUGGGACUGUCAAUGUUGGAAAGGGAGCAGAGUCCAUCUGAGUCUUCUCCCGGAGCCGCUAUGCCGAGAAAUGGCAAAGGAAAGGGCCCGGAAAACCAGUUGUACAGUGAUGGAAUGGGAAAUUCUGAUAUCCUGAUUACAUUUGCGGCAGAUGAGGAAACGAAGUCGUUGGAUAAGCCCAAUGUUGUGGGCGAGAGCUUAGCACUUACAUCCAAGUCUGGUAUCCACCAACAAAUGUCCUCCGAGAGUCGUGAUGCGACGUCCCUGAAAACCUCAACUUCCACAGAAGUCCACAGAUACGAUUUCACCUCUACUUCUAUCGAAGCAAAGGAGCAUAAAACCUCAUCAACUGCCUCAUCAACUGACUAUCUGCCGAAACAUGACCCGAAACGCGAUCUCACCCCUCCACCUAGGCCUCAGUGGAAGGAAACCCAGGCCCCAAUUAUCAGGGUGCCGACACCUCGCCAGACUCCACCACCAAGGGAGGGAGUGGUGCGAGAAGCUGAACGACCCAUCGUGGUCCAUAUUGAGAUAAAUACCGGGGAACAGAAGCAGAAGUUUGUUGUUGAUCGUGUGGCGGUAAACUCGACGCCCACCAUUAAGAUUCCUACUCCCCGGCGGACGCCGUCACCCCGCGGAAAUGUCUCUAGGGCUGAGGCUGUAACUGAACCAGUAAGGGGUGAUAUGAAGCACGAUGGUUCAGAUAGUCGUGAUAUGGUUCACGGGCUGGGAAUAACCAACUUGGCGGCGCAUAAUCCCCCUCCUUCCUCAUCAGAGAAACUGGCCGGGGAUAGCAUCAAAUAUCAGGCGGUGUUCCCGCCGGACCAUCAUUUGCAUACCCAGUUCUCCCCGAGAGAAGCAAAGGAAGCACCUGCUCUAGCUACGUCGACGAUGUCAACAACGACAAGAAAGGCUAUAACGUCAACUACGACAUCAACCACGGCAUCGACCACAGCGUCAACCAAGUCAACAAACACGUUACCAAUUGCAGCUCCAAGCGCACAUGCAGCGCCAAUCGUGGCAGCGGCACCCAUCGCUGCUGUAGUGCCCAUCGCAGCAGAGCCAAUCUUGUCUGCCGCAGCAACGAGAGAACCCGCGGCAACUUCACGAGCAGCCCCUCAAGAGUCUAAUGUGGUCGCCACAUCUCUCUCUCGUACAAGCAUUAUGUCUUCGCAAGACGCACAUCGCAUCGAACAAGCCCAGAGAUCUACAAGGGAAGCACACAACACCACCAGCAAGGCAACCACCUCAAUGCGAACGGGAGAUGUCUCCCUUUCCGCCCGUAGUUUUGAGGGUGCUUCGACCGAUGUAUCCCGAUCUGCGGGAAUUCAGCGAUUGGAACAUAGUCGAGAGACACAAGCAUCUACCGUGGCCCAUGAAAAUCACACCUCAGAGCAACAGAGUCGGUUCUCCGUAUCACCAACCUCAUCUAAAUCGCCUGCCAUGGAGAGAAGCUCGCGAACAGCGCAGCGACAUGUCCGUACGGCAAGCAACUUUGUGUCGUCGGUGCUGUCUCGGCAGCGCUCUCCUGUUGAUCAACGCCGCGGCGGUGGUGACGCUCGCUCUGUACAGCCCAUCGAGAUUAUGCUGGAAGAGCAAAGGGGCCCCGAGCCUAUGCCGGCAAGUCCAGAGAGAGCAUAUCUGACAAUCAAUGAGACUCACCCCAAGAGUGGGAACUGGGCAAGAGUCGGGUCUCCCGUUUUGGAGCAUGGAUACACUGAGCCUCUACCUGCUCGCCCUGUUGGAACAUCCCUAUCCCAGUCGCAUGCCGACCAACUAUCAGGCAAAGAGCACAAAAUUGAGCGGAAACGGCGGCGGCAUGAGAAGGAAGAAAUGGCGGCAAGGCGAGCAGGUGGCUUCUGGAGGGGCCGAGGUUGCAUGCCAAAGAAGGGCUGUUUUGGCCGCCCUGGGCCUGAGGGACGCAAAAAGAGAAGGAUUUGGCUGUGUAUCAUUUGCAUUCUCUUGCUUCUCAUCAUUAUUCUGGCUGUUGUAUUGGGUGUCGUCCUUGGAAGGCAUCACGGAUCAGGUAACAACACCGAAACGUCUGGACAAGACCCGCCGCCCUCGACAUCAUCCUCGACGCCCUCAACUCCGAUACCCUCGUCGAUAUGGGUCAAUCUCACGGACUACCCUGCCAUGCCAACGGGGGUGUUGACCUUUGUUGGCCCAAACAACACUAUUGCCAAGAGCGACUGCACUGAGCCAUCGACCCUCUGGAGCUGUUCUUUGCCGAAAGAUUCCCAGGCGUCUGUGUUGCCCUUUAAGCCAAAUCAACCAACUCUUAUCUUCCAAAUUCAGUGGGACAACAGUACAAAGAGGGGGUGGAACAUUCCCAAUGGCACUCCGCCAACGGCUAUUUCUCAAAGAGACACGAGCAGCAGUAAUUCUUCAAUUGAUGGAUUCAAUCCAGACCCUAGCCCUCCGACUUUCCAAGAGAUGUGGUUCUUGGGCGAGACUACAGAUAAUAUCCAGUCCAGUCAAAAAGCAGGAGAGCCGACGCCCUUUUUUAUCAGCAUCCUUGACUCAUUGAAUGACACGAUCAAGUUGCCAACUUUAAGCCGACGAGCUACUGCUUCGGACGUCAACAUUUCGGAUAUUAUUUUCCCGCCGGAUUUGCAGGAAGACGGCACACCUGCGCCUGCCGUGAUGCUCCCUAAUCCGGUUCAGCAACCUGUUCGAUUGUUUGACCGCGGCUUGCCGACUGAGCAUUAUGGGUUUUACACAUACUUCCAACGAACAAUCUUCCUCAAGUCUGUCACAGUUCUGAAUGAUUCAAGCCAAGGAAACGUGCCAGUGGAUGAAGAUGGUGGCUGCAGCGAAACCGAGGCUAACCAUCUCGUUACUUGGGCCGAGACACGUAUGCUUGUGCAAAUUUGGACGCGGAAACUGAACAGUACAGCAUCAUUGCUGACGGCGGAUGGCACCAAGGGAAUUGAUAACUCAGUCGAUCUGGUUAAGCCCGGGACAAUGCCAUAUCCGGUAACUGUGACUUUAGACACACAUGGCGGCGAUCCCAACCACAAAGUCGUCUGGGAGUGGCCCAUGGAUGACCGUCAAAAGCUGAAUACCAGUGCUCCAGAUCUAUUAGUCAACAAGAUGGAUGUCGGAGGUACAUGGAUUAACCACCGAGGCAGCGGAAAUGCCAAAUUUGGAGGAUUCGAUGGAGGCACUGGAGGUUGCAAGACCAGGAUAAAGCAGCGUUCCCUGGUCACUCUGGCGAUUGAGACGUCAUGCGAUGACACGGCGGUGGCGGUACUGGAAAAGUCAGCGGGAGGUAAGACGAGGCUGCUCUUCAAUGAGCGGGUUUCGUCGGAUAACCGGGCGUUCAAGGGGAUCCAUCCGAUGGUGACGGUGGAGGGGCACAAUACUGCCCUGGGGCCGUUGGUAGAGAGGGCGUUGGAGAGUUUGAGGGAGGGUGAGGACGGCGUUGAUGAUGCUGGUCCUGGUGCUUGUUCUACUGGGGUGGCGAGCAAAGGGAGCAGCGUCGUCGUGACGGAUGGUAAGAGGACCAAGAAGUGGAAGAAGAAGAAGAUUAGGGUGCCUGAUUUUGUUUGUGCUACUCGCGGGCCGGGCAUCAUGACGAACCUGUCUGUGGGAUUGAAUGUUGCAAAGGGGCUGGCGCUGGCCUGGGACGUUCCGUUUGUGGGAGUUCACCACAUGCAAGCGCAUGCCUUGACGCCGCGCCUGGUUGACGCCUUGGAGAGUGAACAAGGAUCACCGUCACCCUCGCCAACUUUUCCCUUCCUCUCUCUUCUCGUCUCCGGCGGCCACACCCAACUCAUCCUCUCCACCACCCUCACGAACCACCGCAUCCUCGCCACAACCGGCGACAUCGCCAUCGGCAACCUCCUCGACCAAACCGCCCGCGUCAUCCUCCCGCCGGCCCUCCUCGAGUCCAGCCCAGAUGUCAGUUACGGCCGCUUGCUCGAGGCCUUUGCUUUCCCCCCUGGAGCAGAUACGCCUGCUGACUACGAUGCGUUCUUCACGCCGGCUACUUCUCGACAGGACGAGAUUCAGGAGGUUCCAUCUGGCUAUGGAUGGACUGUUCCGCUGCCGUUUCGUAAUUCGCGGAAGCUUGCGUAUUCGUUUUCCAGCAUCCAUUCGCAUGUUCACAACAUUGCCGCCGCCGCAAACAACGGCAACACCAACAACAACCAUCAUGAAAACGAUCUCGACUCACCCUCAUCCUCCCCUUCUGACAGCAUGCCCCUCGAAGAACGCCGUGCUCUCGCCCGCCACACCCUCCGCGCCGCCUUCCAGCACCUCGCCAGCCGCCUCAUCCUCGCCCUCCAAGACUCGCCCUCUCUCCAACCCUCCUCCUCAUCCUCUUCCCCCAAAAACGAACCAAUCAAAACCAUCGUCGUGGCCGGCGGCGUCGCAAGCAACCGCUUCCUCAUGCACGUCCUGCGCACGACCCUCGCCGCGAGAGGCUUCGCCGACAUGCGCAUCGUCUCCCCGCCCCUGGAGCUGUGCACCGACAACGCCGCCAUGAUUGCCUGGGCCGGCAUGGAGAUGUUCGAGGCGGGAUACAGGACGGAGCUGUCCGUGCGGCCGAUUGCAAAGUGGCCCAUGGAUCCGGAUGUUGGGGGCGGCAUUCUGGGGGCUGGUGGAUGGGUGAGAGAGGAGGAGUAA